GAGUAGGCGGCGAUUACUCUCCCUUGCCCGGGAGUUUUGAAGUGGCGUCAUUCAUUUUUGAGUAAAUUCAGGUGUCGGAUGCAUCUUUCCUGCCACUGUCUUCAAAGGACCAUUUCCCGCAUUUAACUGCCGUAGUUUUAAAAUGCCUCUAAAUACAGAAAUCAAUGAUUCUGCCAGUUACGACGAUAAAGGGGAGAACGGAAUUAGUUGUCCAACUGAGAAAAAAUCGUUUUCUUUGUUUUGCGAUGAGCGAGGCUAUUUGAGCCAGGUAGAUUACAUUUUGCAGCACGGUUCCCGAAAAGGAGACCGCACAGGAACCGGAGUUAUUUCAGUAUUUGGCUCACAGGCAAGAUACAGUCUCCGGGACCAAUUCCCUUUGUUGACAACGAAGAGGGUUUUCUGGAAAGCAAUCUUAGAAGAACUGCUGUGGUUUAUUAAAGGGUCAACAAAUUCCAAAGAGCUGUCAGAGAAAGGUGUGAAAAUUUGGGAUGCAAAUGGUUCUCGUGAGUUUCUGGACAAGAGUGGAUUCAUUGACAGGGAGGAAGGGGACUUGGGCCCUGUUUAUGGUUUCCAAUGGAGACACUUUGGGGCUGAAUACAAAGACAUGCACACAGAUUACACUGGACAAGGAGUAGACCAGCUGCAGAAGAUCAUUGAUACCAUAAAGACCAACCCUGAGGACCGGAGGAUCAUUAUGUGUGCUUGGAAUCCAAAAGACAUGCCCCAGAUGGCCUUGCCCCCCUGCCAUGCCCUGUGCCAGUUCUACGUGUGUGACGGAGAGCUGUCCUGCCAGCUGUACCAGCGGUCGGGAGACAUGGGCUUAGGUGUGCCCUUCAACAUCGCCAGCUACGCCCUGCUCACGUACAUGAUCGCCCACAUCACUGGGCUGAAGCCUGGUGACUUUGUGCACACUUUGGGAGACGCUCACGUUUACAGCAACCACAUCGAGCCUCUGAAACUCCAGCUCCAGAGGGAGCCCCGCCCCUUUCCCAAGCUGAAGAUCCUACGCACCGUGGAGCGCAUCGAUGACUUCCACGCUGAAGAUUUUGAAAUCUGCAACUACAACCCCCAUCCCACAAUUAAAAUGCAAAUGGCAGUUUAGAUGUAUGCUGGAAUAUGAAUUUGUGUGUGUAAUAAUACUGUCAUUCUCCAGUGGCCUUUUGCAUGUUUCUGUUACGUUAGAUUUUUGGGUGUCACUAAGUAUAAAACCCGGGGGAAAUGGCAGGAAUUUAUUUUACUGUAAAUAUUGUUUGUACAUCGUUUAAUAUUUUUGUUUAGUGAUGCAGGAUGAUUCUGACCUUUGUACAAAUCUAAUACAAAUCUUGUGCCGCUACAACAAAAGAAA